UGUUAAUGUAUCAAUGGGGAGAAUUAAUUUCAUUUGCGUAUGAUCAACGCUGUGCGUAUGUAAGAACAGGACAGAGUUGGGUGCCAGCAAAAUUGUAUUAUGUGCACUAUAUUGCGAACUGACAUUAUGAUAGUAGAAUUGUUCACGAUUUUAGCGCGGAUGGUUAAAAGUUUGAAUGAUGAUAAACCGUUUGAGUUGUGGUGAUCGCAUAUAAUCACACCUCACAUUAGUUGUUGGAAUACAUCUCGCGUGACGACUUAUCUCGCGUAAGGACCCAAUUUUGCGUAAGGCAGUAUCUCGCCUGAGGACAUUUCUCGCGAAAGGAUAUAUCUCGCUUAUUGACAGACCUCGUGUGGGGUCACGGGUUGAAUUGGAUCAUUGCCGAGUGAUAUAAAAAGAUUAAUCAAAUGAUAAUCAUGAACAUCUUCUCCAUUUCUACUCACCUGCAGCUCAUGAUGAGGAUCAUGGCCAAGCAUUUUCUAAAAAGGAGCGUUUUGGCCGGUGUUUUUCUAGUGUCGACCGUUCUAUGUAUAUAUUCCCUAAGUCUUCUCAAUGGAUCCAAUGUAGACAAGAACGCUCAACACCUUGGUGUACAGAGGAGUAAACUAUUCGAUCUGAACUACAAUCAAUAUUCAUCAACAGGAAAGACGGGAACGCAAAGACCAUACUACGGUUACUAUGGCGACGGCUAUAACGUGAGGAACCUCCCGCCAAAUCUAUUCAAACUUGCGCCAGAGGUAUUCGACGCCAUCCCUGAGACAUUUCUGCCAAGCUUCAAGAAUCCUUGCUUCUUCUACCGGGGAGUUGUGCCGCCAGGUCUUCGGUGUCUGCCCUACUUCUACCUCAUCGGGAUGCAAAAGUGUGGUUCGACCGAUCUGUGGGAGAAAAUCAAUGCACAUCGAGAGAUCCAACAUAACGACAAAGAACCUCAUUGGUGGGCUAGAUACAGAGUCAGGGAACUCCCUCCCGAGUACAGUUUCAACGUAACCACGCCCCUCUCGUUGUCAUGGUAUCUUGACGUCAUGUCGUAUCGGAUCGUGCCCAAGUUGUUAGACAAUCCUAUCAUGGCUAACUGGCUGGUAGUGGGUGACGGAUCAACAUCUACUCUGUGGGAUAACGCAUGGCAACAACCGUCCAAUCGGAUAGACGGACCAGAAUACGUCAUCGCAGACGUCAUCAAGGAGGUUCAACCAAAUGCGAAGUUCAUAGUCGUGCUUCGUAACCCAACUGAAAGGGUUUAUUCUGACUACCUUUUCUUCGGGAACGAGGACGAUCAGUUCAUUUCAAAGCGUCACUUUCACGAGAUAGUCGACGAGGGCAUACGAAGAUACCAACGCUGUACUCAAAACAGGAGUAGCCGUGCUUGUACCUAUGCCCACGGAACACAGAGUUCUCGUCUUCUGUUAGGCAACUACGCUGUCUUUCUUCGUGAUUGGCUGAGAAUAUUCCCACGUGAGCAAAUCCUGGUCUUGAGAUUGGAGGACUGGCAGAGCCGGUGUAUCAGCAAACUGAAAGAGAUAUAUCGCUUUUUAGAAUUAUCGCCAUUAAAGCGUUCGGGGUUGUCCUUCAUUUGCGGUGCAGAGAAAAUCAGGACAAACACCCAGAUGAAGAAACGCGUUGGAGAAAUGUUGGAUGAAACAAGGACGUUAUUGAAUAAUUUCUAUUCACCAAUGAACGCUGAGCUCAGUGAACUUUUGAACAGCACGAAAUUUUUGUGGAAUGACGUCACCCACUUACCUGUAGCCAUAGAGCAUGGGCAAGCGUUCGGGAGCAGAAGAUUUCCAUGAAACCAUUACACUCCGCAAUGUAGUUGGUAUUCAUAAUCAUCCAGUCAUCAAUAGUAGCUGGGCUACUAUGUGUUUUUGAAUAAUUUCUUUUUCAUGAAAUCAUUUUCCCCUAUGAUAUUGUAUUCAUGUACACCAUCCAGUCAUCAAUAGUUAUAGCUGGGAUUCUCGCUGAAAAAUAUUCAGAGCUCGAUGAACUUUUGAAUGAUCCUGUGGAAUGACGUUACCGUGGAUGAUCCGUGACGUAAUCAUAAGGAUGCUUAAGCUAUUUAAACACGGAGCUCAGCCGAGUAUUGAAGGACAAGGAAUUUCAAUGAAUAUAGUGUCUCGAUGAUAUUCAUACAUUUCGAUCAUCAGGUCGUUAGAUUAGCGUAGCUAUUUGUAGAAUCUUUUCUAUUCAUCUAUGAACGCAGAGCUUGAUGAACUUUUGAAUGAUAACAUAUUUCUGUGGAAUAACGUCACAUGUUGAAUAUCAGUGACGUAAUAAUAAGUGUUCAUUAGCUGUUUAAACACAGAGUAGACGAGUGUUGCAGAACAAGGGAUUUAUAUGAACAUAGUGCCUUGAUGAUAUUCAUGCAUUUACAUCAUCAGGUCACAAAGAAUACAUGAGCUACUUGCUAAAUAAUUGCUGAAUAUUUAUCUAUGAAUGCGUGCUAGAUGAACUUUCAAAUAAUACUAGUUUUCUGUGGACUAACAUCAACGUAGAUGAUUCAUUAGUUGUUUAAACACAGAGCUUAACCCUAUCUAGGCCGGGGUAUUUUGGGAAUUCAUAUGGCCGGGG